AUGGAAGAAUUAAUUAUAAAUAAGUAUACUGCCAAGGAAGAAUUGAUCCAGAAUGGGAUAUGGAAAGGCGAGUUAUACAGGGCACCUGACAGACUGGCUUCGUCUAAUUUCAAUAGAGGUUGGCUAUGGAAGACUUUGGCGUCCUCACAAUAUUCAGAAUCGAAUGAAACCCAGGAGGUUACUAAAGAUUUAUUGCCAGUACCUCUCAUUACAGAAAAACAUGAAGAACCAUCAGAGAAUAAAAAUGUAAGGGAUAAAAUCAUAGAUUAUAAAAGGAUAGACAAAUCAUUCAAAUCCUUUAAGAAAGGUAUUCGUAGGCUGACCCCCAAAGAAACCACCAAAGAUCCGCUGCUAAACAAUCAAAGCAUUGCUCUAGAGAGUGAUGGAGAUCUUUCCUUGCCUGAAACAUUGGAAAUUAUUGACCUCGAUCUGUCUAGAUUAAUGCUUGACGAUAUCUUUCAAAGGCCUAAAGUCUAUGCGCAAAUGCGUCAAAUUCUAUACAAUUAUCUAAUAAUCUCACGAAAUAACACAAAAGGUAUGAACACAACAGAUUUUUCCUCUAUACAGGGUAAGGUGUUUUCAUAUAAGCAAGGGUACCACGAAUUAUUGGGAUUAAUAUAUCUCCAACUUUAUCAUGAAAUGGAUUUAAACAAAGGGAACAGAAACGCACUUUCUUCUUUGGAUGGCGGGAAAGAGAACUAUCAUGGUAAUGAAGAUGUAACGUUAAUGAGGAACUGUUUAAAUAUUUUUGUUAAGUUGAUGAAUCAAGUUGCUCCAACCUUUUAUAACGAAAAACAAUUAAUUAAAUGGGACGAAACACAAUUUUCCCAAAUUUUGAAAGUCUGUUCACCAACAUUACACGCUUUGAUUUAUGAGAAGGAUCAGAAUGGACGAAAGCCACAUAGUAAUUUGAUAUGGUUGAUUCGAUGGACUCGUUUGCUACUGUUAAGAGAACUACCAAGAGAAAAGGUCCUCAUCAUUUGGGAUCAUCUUUUAACCUUUGUUUAUCCGAUCGAUACACUCAUGGCAUGUCUCAUAAUUACCUUACUAUUAUCAUUAUAUGAUAGGUUUUUGGCUUUAUAUACAAAUGAUUCAGACCAUGAUGAUAUUAUUGAGUUGAUGUUGCAUUUCAAGGAUACUCAACCCAUAGUGGAUCUGGAUACCGUUCAAUUAUGCCAGAUGGCAGGGAAUAUAUGUGAAUUGUGGUAUAAUGGCAACUUGGAAGACAUGCAAUCAAUAUGCAGAUCUUUCAUUAAGUUAAAGACAGGACUGGAUGAGACUUCUCCCAUUGAUCCUCAUAGAUUGAGAUUGGAAGAUAGAUUGAGGAAAAGUGUGAAAAAAUCGUUAGCUUAG